CAGGUGCUCCACACCAGCAAGGAUCUGAAGACUUCAGCAUGCACAGCGAGUGGUCGUCCCCAUCCCGUUGUGGUGAUGCUGCUCUUCCUGCCUGAGAUAGUCCGUGAAAAGUUCUAUGGAUGCGGAGCUCCUCUUCCUCUGGGCAUCGAAGGGCGAUCUGUUCUUGACCUAGGGAGCGGCUCAGGAAGGGAUUGUUAUGCUGCAGCUGCUCUCGUCGGACCGACUGGCUCUGUUGUUGGAAUCGACAUGACAGCGGAGCAGCUCUCGGUGGCUAGGGCCCAUGCGGAGCAGUACUGCAAGUCACUCGGGUAUGAUCGUUGCAACCUCAACUUCGUGGAAGGAUACAUCGAACGUCUAGAAGAAGCUGGCAUCCAGGCCAACACUUUUGAUCUUGUGAUCAGCAACUGUGUAGUCAACCUAUCCCCUGACAAGCCUCGAGUGCUGAGGGAAGUGUACCGCGUCCUGAAACCGGGAGGCGAGUUUUAUUUCUCCGACGUCUACUGUGAUCGUAGACUUCCAAAGAACGUCCAAGAGCAUGAAGUCCUCUGGGGCGAGUGCAUCGCAGGCGCCCUCUACACCAAUGAUUUCAUUCGAUACGCCAGAGCGGCUGGAUUUGGCGACCCCAGAAUUCUCUCGUCUGCUCCUAUCGAAGUUCAUGACCCCGAGCUGAAGGCCAUCUUGGGUGAAGCGAAGUUCUUCUCAAUCACCUACCGCCUCUUCAAGCUUCCUGAGGGGAUGCUUGAGACACUAUGUGAAGACUAUGGCCAGGCGAGUGCUCAAGCUGUGAGGUACAAGGGAACUAUCAAAGGAAUGGAGCACUCCUACAUGCUCGACGAUCACCACCUCUUCGAGAAGGGCAAGCUCAGCCUGGUCUGUGGGAACACUGCGGCGAUGCUGGAGAACGGAGUAAGCUGGCUCGCCCCUCACUUUGAGAUUCUCGGGGACAGAUCAGUUCACUACGGUGAAUUCCCCUGUAAGCUCAACUUCUAUAAGCUCAGCAACUUUCAAUCUGACCUUCUCUGCUAA